GAACUGUGAGGCAGAAGCUCGACCAAGUCCACCACCGCGACGACAAAAGACGAAAUUUGGCAAGCGACUUUCGGCUUCCGUAAACUUCAUGCGAAAAUGUACAGCAACUGUAUCGGGACAAACUAUACGAUGGUCAUCUUUGAACUGCUUUAAAACAGAUGGAAAGUCACCACCAUGUGACGAAAUGUCGCGUAAAUGUCGACUUAAUGUUUACUUGUAAAUUUUGCGUCGCGGUCGGGCUUCCGUCAGCGGCACUUCCGGGCGAGCUCGCACGUGUGGUAAACAAGCAUGGAGGCCUCGGACGAGUGGGCCGACGUGGCUCAAGUUCCCACGCUCAAGAACUUGACCGACGGACGCUUCGGCGAGCUCAACGACAGCCAGUGUCGAGCCGUGCAGGAUUUGGUCAAAGCUCACGUGGACUCUUUCGACCAGGCCGUCGGCGAUGGAAUCGGACGCGUCGUGCAGGCAAUCCCGCCGCUGGAGUUCUCGCUGAAGGGCGAGCGCAUCAGCCUGGCGUUCGUGGAGGCCGCCGUCAACCCGCCCGCCGUCUCCAGGGGCAACGUGUGCCGCGAGAUGAGGGUCUUCCCGGCCGAAUGUCGCGCCCGGCGCUGCACGUACAGGGGCAAGUUGGUGGCGGACGUGAGCUGGGCGGUGGACGGCGUCCCCCAAGGCAUCAUCAAGCAGUCGCUGGGACAACUUCCCGUCAUGGUCAAGUCCCGCGUGUGCAACCUGCGCGGGAUGACGCCGCGGCAGCUCGUGCGCCACCACGAGGAGGCCGAGGAAAUGGGCGGCUACUUCAUCAUCAACGGCAUGGAGAAGGUGAUCCGCAUGCUGGUCAUGCCGCGGAGGAACUACCCCGUCGCCAUGUCUCGGUCCAAGUGGAAGAGUCGAGGCCAAGGCUACACGCAGUAUGGUGUGUCGAUACGCUGCGUGAAGGAGGAUCACACCGUGGUGAACAUGAACCUUCACUACCUGGAAAACGGAACCGUCAUGCUCAACUUCAUCUACCAGAAGGAACUCUUCUUUCUUCCGCUGGGCUUCGCGCUGAAGGCUCUGGUGGAUAUGAGCGACUUCGAGAUGUUCUGUGAGCUGAUCAAAGGCGUGGAGGAGAACUCGCUGUACCGCAGCUGCGCCUGCGAGAUGCUGCGCCUGGUGGCGGAGCGCGGCUGCACGUCGCGCGCCCAAGUCCUGGACUACCUGGGCCAGCGCUUCCGGGUUAAGAUGAACCUGCCCGAGUGGUACAGCCACCAGGAGUGCGCCGACUUCCUGCUGGACCAGUGCGUCUGCAUCCACCUGAGGACGGGCCUGGAGAAGUUCCGGCUCCUGUGCCUGAUGACCCGCAAGCUGUUCAGCUUCGCCAAGCAGGAGAGCCUGGAGGAGAACCCGGACGGCGUGGCCUGCCAGGAGGUCCUCACGCCGGGUCAGCUCUACCUCAUGUUCCUCAAGGAGAGGAUGUCGGCGUGGCUCGUGUCCGUCAAGUUGGCGUUCGAAAAGCGCGGAAGUCGCCUGAGGGGCAGAUGGACGGCGGAAAGCGUCAUGAAGAUGUUGGACCUGGGCAACGACCUCACCAAGCCCUUCGAGUACCUGCUGGCCACCGGGAACCUCAGCUCCAAGUCCGGUCUGGGCCUGCUGCAGAACACGGGUCUGUGCGUGGUGGCCGACAAGCUCAACUUCAUCCGUUACCUGUCGCACUUCCGCUGCGUGCACCGCGGCGCCGCCUUCGCCAAGAUGCGCACCACCACGGUGCGCAAGCUGCUGCCCGAGUCGUGGGGCUUCCUGUGCCCGGUGCACACGCCCGACGGUGAACCCUGCGGCCUCAUGAACCACAUGACGGCCAGCUGCCAGGUGGUCACGCGCUCGCUGCCCACCGUGACGCUGCCCGCCCUGCUCUGCUCGCUGGGCGUCGCCCCCGCCGACGCCGCCCCCUCCCGGCCCUAUGCCGACUGCUACCCCGUCCUCCUGGACGGCGCCGUGGUGGGCUGGGUGGAGGCCGAGAUGGCGCCCGGGCUGGUGGACUCGCUGCGCAGGUUCAAGGUCCUGCAGGAGAAGAAGGUCCCUCCCUGGACCGAGAUCGUCCUGGUGCCCAAGACGGGAAAAGCGAGCUUGUACCCGGGCCUUUUCCUGUUCACCACGCCGUGCCGCUUGGUGCGCCCCGUGCGCAACCUGGCGCUGGGCCAGCCGGAGCUGAUCGGAACCAUGGAGCAGUUGUACGCCGACGUGGCCGUGACGGAGGCCGAGGUGCGCCCGGGGGUCAGCACCCACCGGGAGCUCUUCCCGCACAGCAUGCUCAGCGUAGUGGCCAACUUCAUACCUUACUCGGACCACAAUCAGAGCCCCAGGAACAUGUACCAGUGCCAGAUGGGUAAGCAGACGAUGGGAUUCCCUCUCCACGCCUUCCUGGAGCGCUCGGACAACAAACUCUACCGGCUGCAGACCCCGCAGAGCCCCCUGGUGCGGCCGGCCAUGUACGACCGCUACCGGCUGGACGACUACCCGAGCGGCACCAACGCCGUGGUGGCCGUCAUCUCCUACACCGGCUACGACAUGGAGGACGCCAUGAUCGUGAACAAGUCGUCGUGGGAGCGCGGCUUCGCCCACGGCUGCAUCUACAAGACGGAAAUGGUGGACCUGGCCCUCAGGGCGCGGGGCCAGGACAGCGUGGUGUUCGGGGCCAAGCCGGGUGACCCCAAGGUCAACGGGCGACUGGACCCCGACGGGCUUCCUCCGGUGGGCGCCGUCCUGCGCUACGGCGACCCCUACUACAGCUACCAAAACCUGAACACCGGCCAGGCCUUCGUCACCUUCUACAAGAGCCACGAGGCCUGCGUGGUGGACAACGUCAAGAUCUGCAGCAACGACGCCGGCUCGGGCUCCUUCAAGCGCGCGUGCAUCACGGUGCGAGUGCCGCGCAACCCCACCGUCGGCGACAAGUUCGCCAGCCGCCACGGCCAGAAGGGCAUCCUGAGCCGCCUGUGGCCCGCCGAGGACAUGCCGUUCAGCGAGAGCGGCGUCAGCCCCGACAUCCUGUUCAACCCGCACGGCUUCCCGUCGCGCAUGACCAUCGGCAUGCUCAUCGAGAGCAUGGCGGGCAAGUCGGGCGCCCUGCACGGCCGCGGCCACGACGCCACGCCCUUCGCCUUCUCCGAGGACGACUCGGCGCUGGACUACUUCGGCGAGAUGCUGAGGGCCGGCGGCUACAACUACUACGGCACCGAGCGCCUCUACAGCGGCACCAGCGGCCUGGAGCUGGAGGCCGACAUCUUCGUCGGCGUGGUUUACUACCAGCGGCUGAGGCACAUGGUGUCCGACAAGUUCCAGGUUCGGACGACGGGGGCGCGCGACAAGGUGACCAACCAGCCGGUGGGCGGCCGCAACAUCCAAGGCGGCAUCCGCUUCGGCGAGAUGGAGCGCGACGCCCUCCUGGCACACGGCUCGUCCUUCCUGCUGCACGACCGCCUCUUCAACUGUUCGGACCGCUCGGUGGCGCAGGUCUGCGUGGACUGCGGCAGUCUGCUGUCGCCGCUGCUGGAGCGGCCGCCGCCCGCCUGGUCGUCCACGCGCCACCGCCGCACCGUCUGCGCGCUCUGCGGCAAGAGCGACUCGGUGGAGUCGGUGUCCGUGCCGUACGUCUUCCGCUACUUUGUGGCCGAGCUCGCCGCCAUGAACAUCAAAGUCAGGUUGGACGUCAAGUGAAAACUUGUCCGUGCUUGGACCGGAACCCCGUCGUUAGCGGCCGCCGGAGGGGACGCGGCACCUGUCAAGCUGACCUUUCCGUCGUUGCUGCUUUUUUCACAAGAAGCAAACUUGGUUGGUUCGUCGGCGCUUCUUCAAAUGGUGGCCCUGUGCUCAAAUGUUCUCCUUUUUCCACCUAAUGACCAUCCCGCUAUAGAUGAGGCAUCUGUAAAGCUGAAAUGCACUCAUAUGGCUUAUUAUUAUGGUUAUUACCAUCUGGUUGGGGGGGGGGGGCAAUCCUUUUUCUGAUUUUUUUUUUUUCUGAUUUAAAAGUCAAAAGUUUUUCAGCUUUGAGAGAAAUUGUACUGUACUACAAAAUCUAAAAUGUUUAUUUUUCAAAGGGCAAUUUUUUUUUACAUUUUUUUUCCCCACUUUGACACUGAAAAGACAAAAACUGGUGUGAAAUUUUUUUUGGGUUUUUUUUUUUUUACUAAAAGAAAAGCUUUACAAAAUCCUUGAAUAUUUUUGGAAGAGCAUCUUGACAUUUACACACAAAACGCAAACAACUUUCACAAAAGACACACAAAAAAAAAAAACUAAAACAUUUUGCAAAUACUCUUCUGCGUCACCCAAAACUACAGAAGCUUCCCCCCGCUAAAAGCGCUCGAGAUUUAAAUUACAAAGUGGGAAGGGAAGACAUUAAAAAAGUCAAAUCUUUUUUUAAAAAAUGUUUCUCUCUGGUAGAAAAAAAUAGCAUCUGUGGCACCUUCCGGGGGAGGGAAAAAAACCCCCCGUUGGGCACAAUGACGGGCGGCGUUACGUUAGCGUAGCUUAGCCUAGCAUGUGUGCUACGGUGCCUCGCUAGCGGCUGCGUUGCGUGAAUCUAAUAUAUUAUCACUAGAUUUAUUAGAAGCCAACAUAUAUAUAUAUAUCUUUUCAAAAUGUAGCCAUGAAAAGUUAUGUCGGCAGCAAAGAUUCGUGCUCGUGAGAAAACGGGACUACGUGAUGGAUUUUGUGUGGGAAGGGUUCUGUUGGAAAGCACCAAAAAUUUGUU